CUCUGAGAAAGCGACAUGGCUCCAGGGGAUGAAAGAAUGCGUCUCCAAUGGGAGGAUAUACUUGUCUUGGUCCUCUACUUCGUGUUCGUGCUCGCAGUGGGAUUAAUUUCGUCCUGGAGAACCAAACGCGGCAGCAUCUCCGGCUACUUCCUCGCCUCCCGCAACAUGCACUGGAUACCCGUGGGCGCGUCACUCUUCGCCAGCAACAUAGGAUCUGGCCACUUCAUCGGCCUGGCGGGGUCGGGAGCAGCCUCGGGCAUCGGUAUCGGGGCCUUCGAGCUAGAUGCCAUCUUCGUGCUGAUGCUGCUUGGAUGGGUGUUCGUGCCGGUGUACAUGAGUUCAGGCGUGUACACCAUGCCGGAGUACCUGAGGGAGAGGUUCGGGGGCCAGAGGAUCAGGGUCUACCUCUCCUGCCUCGCCCUCCUCCUCUCCAUCUUCACCAAGAUAUCCGCUGACCUGUACGCAGGAGCACUGUUCAUCCAGCAGACGCUGAACAAGCAGGGUACAGAGUGGAUGUACAUCAGCAUCCUCAUCCUACUGGCCAUAGCCUCCAUCUUUACCAUCACUGGUGGUCUCUCGGCUGUUAUCUGGACGGACUUUGUCCAGACCAUCCUUAUGGUCAUUGGAGCCUGUAUUCUCAUGGGCAUGUCGUUAAAUGCGGUCGGCGGGUACGACGCCUUAGUGGAGGAUUACUUCUACGCCGUACCCAACAAGACCAGGUACUCCCGCCUCGAUAACACCACCAACUGCGGAGAGCCUCCGGCCUACGCCAUGCACUUCUUCAGAUCCGCUAAACCCGGGGAGUCAGACCUGCCCUGGCCUGGCAUGAUCUUCGGCAUCACCAUCUCCAGCGUCUGGUACUGGUGUACUGACCAGGUUAUCGUGCAGAGGACCCUCUCCAGCAAGAACAUGACCUAUGCUAAGGCUGGCUGCAUCUUGGCUGCUCUCAUCAAGUUCCUGCCAAUGUUUAUGCUGGUCUUCCCAGGGAUGGCUGCCAGGAUUCUCUAUACAGACAAGGUGGCCUGUGUGGAUCCUCAAGAGUGCAAGAUGCACUGUGGUAGCGAAUCGGGAUGCACCAAUAUUGCUUAUGUUCAGCUCGUCCUUCACUUACUGCCUCCAGGACUGUCCGGGCUGAUGCUUGCAGUGAUGAUGGCAGCCCUCAUGUCCUCUCUCACCUCUAUCUUCAACUCCUCCUCCACCAUUUUCACCAUCGACAUCUGGACGAGGAUUCACAAGAAAGCGACGGACGUGGAACUGUUGAUCGUGGGUCGAGUGUUCGUGUUGGUGAUGGUAGUGGUGUCCGUCAUCUGGAUCCCCGUCAUCCAAAAUUCCGCAAACUCUCAAUUGUUUGUUUACAUCCAGAGUAUAUCUUCCUUCUUGUCUCCUCCCAUCUGCGCUGUCUACCUCCUGGCAAUCUUCUGGGAACGAACCAACGAACCUGGAGCGUUUUGGGGCCUCAGCGUUGGUCUGGCGAUUGGUAUCGUCCGUUUUGCAAUGGAGUUCGCCUUCACUGUCCCCGGGUGUGGAGAUGAAAACCAGGACCUUCGGCCCGAGUGGAUCAAAGUGAUCGUGGGGAACGUUCACUAUCUCCACUUUGGGUGUAUUUUGUUCCUAAUCGUCUUGGUGGUGACCGUGGCUGUGUCCUACCUCACCGAACCCAUACCCAAGAAAUGUCUGUACCGACUAACCUUCUGGAGUCGCCACAGCGAGGAAGUGCGAGUGUCAGUCAGAGACUGGAGAAACGAGGAUCUGGUCACCAAGCAGGCUAAAGUCGACCCUAUACCGAGUGUCAAGACAGUCCAAGCUGCGAGCAACGACCCCGCUGACAAACCAGCCUCAGAUUUGCCACCAUGGAGGAGGUUCGUCAACUGUGCUUGUGGGGUUGACACACGGAACAUAGCCCUCGCCCAGGACCCGGCCGACCAGGCCACUCCAGAGGAAAAAGCCAAAGCAGCAGCCAGUUUCUUGGAGGAAAAGAAACCUUGGACGAAUGUUGUAGAUGGGCUGGCGAUUCUGGUCAUGGCGGCUGCAGCCGGCAUGUGGGGUUUCUAUGCAUAAAUUGCAAUUACCAAUCUAUAACAAGUUUCGCGAUAUUUAUGGGAUAGCGACGAAGAUAAUCAUUAUUGAUAUCGCAUAACUUGGAUUACGCAUAGGAUGGAUUACGAGAACCAAGUCCAGAGAUCCAAUCAC